UGGUUGGUUGUCCCCGAUUUCACACAUCAUGCCCACUCUGCCUCGUUGUCAGCCGUAGCAGUGAAUAACAGAUACGUGGUCACUGGGAGCAGGGAUGAGACAAUCCAAAUCUAUGACAUGAAAAAGAAGAUAGAACAUGGGGCACUGCUGCAGCACAAUGGCACAAUAACUUGUCUGGAGUUUUAUGGUACUGCACAUCUACUGAGUGGGGCUGAAGAUGGACUAAUUUGUAUCUGGAACACAAAGAGAUGGGAAUGCCUGAAAUCCAUUAAGGCACAUAAGGGGCAUGUGACAUCUCUUUCUAUUCAUCCUUCUGGGAAAUUAGCUUUGUCAGUAGGAACGGAUAAAACCUUAAGAACUUGGAAUCUUGUAGAAGGACGAUCAGCAUUUAUCAAAAACUUGAAGCAAAAUGCCCACAUAAUUAAAUGGUCUCCUGAUGGAGAGAGGUAUGUCACCGUGAUAACCAAUAAAGUGGAUAUCUACAAACUCGACACAGCUUCAAUCACUGGCACUAUCACAACAGACAAGAGAAUUUCUUCACUUAGAUUUAUUACAGAUUCUAUCCUUGCCAUAGCUGGAGAUGAUGAAAUUAUAAGGUUCUACAGCUGUGACUCUCAAAAAUGCCUCUGUGAAUUUAAAGCUCAUGAAAACAGAAUAAAAGAUAUCUAUAGUUUUGAACGAGAAGGACAACAUGUUAUUGUUACUGCAUCCAGUGAUGGUUACAUUAAAAUGUGGAAUCUGGAUCUCACUAAGAUUAAAGAUGAGCCGUAUUUAUUGUGUGAAGUUAAUACCAAAGCUAGGCUGACAUGUCUUGCAGUAUGGCUUGACCGAGCUUCAGAAAUGAAAGAAAACUCUGAUAAAGCUGCAAAUUCAUCAUCUCAAGCACAUAAAGAUGAAAAAUCAUCAAUAGUCAGGAAAAACGAAGUGUCUUGUACCGAUAAAAGUGAUAAAAAAGCAAAAAGAAAGAGGAAAAUUACUCCAGGGAAGCAAAAAUUGGAAGCUCCGCUGCAAAAGAAGAAAAAGAAACGGAAUAGCUCAGCAUGAAGGCAGCUACUUUCUCUCCUGAAUAAAAAGUAAAUGCUGGUGUUGCUGUAGAUUUUAUAAGGAUGUAAACCUCUGACAGGACAUACACUUCUGAAAUGAUUUGUUGUUUAAAAGUAAUGAAUGUUUUAACCCAAAUAA